AUCAACGCAACGUUUGAAAGUAGAACUAAAAGCUAGAGAAUCUGCAAGUUCAGAGCCCGCGGCGUUCAUUUUUUCAGCAAAAAAGACGCCGAAGUUUUUGCAGAAUUGUUUGAGCCAAUCAAAAAGCACUUUCUAAGCGCCAAUCAAAUUGAUGCACUCUUAUAAAGGCGCUAAACUCUAACAUGUCAACAAACCAGCGAAUUAGUUUAAACUAGUGCUAUCUCGAAAGCAGUGCAAUUGAUCGACUAUGGCCCGAACAAAGCAAACUGCCAGAAAAUCCACCGGUGGUAAAGCACCUCGAAAGCAGUUGGCAACGAAAGCAGCAAGGAAGAGUGCCCCAGCUACCGGCGGAGUGAAAAAACCUCACAGAUACCGACCCGGUACCGUAGCUCUCAGGGAAAUCCGAAGAUACCAAAAGUCAACUGAGCUCCUCAUCAGAAAACUACCGUUUCAGCGAUUGGUACGCGAAAUCGCGCAAGACUUCAAGACCGACUUGCGCUUUCAAAGCACUGCCGUCAUGGCCCUUCAGGAGGCGUCCGAAGCCUACUUAGUCGGCCUCUUCGAAGACACCAACCUGUGCGCCAUCCACGCAAAGCGUGUCACCAUUAUGCCAAAGGACAUUCAGUUGGCGAGAAGAAUCAGAGGAGAGCGAGCUUAAGAACUUCCUUAUUCACAAAACGGCUAUUUUCAUAGCCACAAA